AUGACAGUCACAGUUGGAGUUCUUGCCUUGCAGGGCGCAUUCAUAGAGCAUGUGCAAUUGCUGAAAAAGGCUGCCGAGCAGGAGCAGCUGUCGAAUUGGGAAUUCAUUGAGGUCCGAACGCCACAGGAACUUGCCAAAUGCGAUGGACUCGUCCUGCCUGGUGGUGAGAGUACCACCAUGUCUCUGGUCGCAGCGCGAUCGAACAUCCUAGAGCCACUGAGAGAUUUUGUCAAAGUGGACCGCAAGCCGACUUGGGGUACUUGCGCAGGUCUAAUUCUCCUUGCAGAGUCGGCCAACAAGACCAAGAAGGGUGGCCAAGAACUCAUUGGUGGGCUUGAUGUUCGAGUCAACCGCAAUCACUUUGGUCGGCAAACGGAGAGCUUCCAAGGCCCAUUGGACCUACCCUUCCUAGGCCAGGAUGCUGCACCAUUUCCCGCUGUUUUCAUCCGAGCUCCUAUCGUGGAGUGCAUUUUGCCUCAUCAUGACGGUAUCCAGCUUGGGGAGGUUGAACGGGAAGACACUGUUGUUGCCCCCUCCAGGCAAGUUAAGGAUUCGGUGGCAGAAGCUGCGACCGCCGAUCACGUCGAGGUGCUGGCCACCUUGUCCGGUGCAGCAGCUCUCAGCGCCACACAAGGACGUGAUAUCAGCCCAGACUCAGAAAUCGGUGAUGUUGUGGCUGUCCGCCAGGGCAACGUAUUUGGGACGAGCUUUCACCCGGAGCUGACCGGAGAUGCCAGGAUUCACGCUUGGUGGUUACACCAGGUGGAAUCCGAUGUGAAUAGAAGGAAGAAGUUGAGCCAAUAG